UUAGUAUUCACAGACACUAUGCCUACCGCCGUGGUGAACAACACGGCCGCGAAAAUAGCGGUCGUUUCACGAUUCGUCGCCGAUUCCACCGGAAAGACGUAUGCCGGCACGAAUAAGUUCGAGAUUCCGGCGAAUGGUCGGAAGAACAUUCCGUCCAGCGUCUUCACCAAGGAGACGAUGGAGGAGCGGGUGCCUAUUGAGGUUCAUAUCCAGAUCGGCGGAAUAACGCUCGGAGUACUGAAACACGAAGAUUUCGAGAACAACAAGUCCAUCAUCUUCGACGGCGGUUGCGACGGCGGAAUCGCGGUGAGGUUUGUCCGGCAUGAGGUGGAAACAGGAUUUCGCUGCUUCUGUGGAAUUGUACCAUUUGGGAGAUUGGGAAAUGCUGUAGCAGCUCCUCAGGAUGAACAGGUUUGA